GAAUGUUUGAUCUUUAAAAUUUGCCUCAAAGUCCUGGAAAGUCCUAGGAAUGAAUGAUUGGAGCUGUGUGCAGCUGAUGUCUCGCUGUCCCCGCUGUCCCCGCUGUCCCCGCUGUCUCCGCUGUGUGCAGAUCCAGCAGUGGGAGCAGAACCUGGAGAAGCUGAACCUGGAUCUGUUCCGGCUGCGCUGCUACCUGUCCAGCCUGCAGGGCGGCGAGCUCCCGAACCCCAAGAGCCUCCUCGCCGUCGCCAGCCGGCCCUCCAAGAGCUCGCUGGGACGCCUGGGGGUCUUCUCCGUGUCCUCCUUCCACGCUCUGGUGUGCAGCAGAGACGAGGGGACGCUGAGGCGGCGCUGUCGCUCGCUGUCCACGGGAGGCGGCAGGAGGAGGAGGGGCCUGCCGUCCUCUCUGAGGACUCUGGACGGACUCAAGAGACGCAGCGGGGACAACGGACACUCCACGUCCCAGGUAAGACAUCGCACCCGACAACUGAGGACACACAGGACCGAGGGGGUUCACGGGGACAUUUGAGACGAGGACGCAGACGUCGUGUUUUCAGGUUCUCGGUUCAUCAUCUGGAGGACUGAAGAGGUCAAAGGUCGUUGCGACUGCGACCUCACCCCUCCUAAACCUGAUGUCUCAAGGGGACGUCUCCAAACUUUAUUGAUACGAACAUGCAGCCCAAACUGAACCAUCGCAGCUUUUAAUUCGGAUUCCCUCUGAGAGUGAAACCGGUGUGACCCGGCCGGCUCCGCGCGUCACUACCUUCUUUUAAUAACCGAAACAAAGAAGGACACGUUUCCUUUAACGUAGAUCACUUUCACCGAGAAAUGCUGCUCCUCCUCUCCGCUCCUCCUCUCUGCUCCUCCUCCUCUCUUCUCUUCUCUGCUCCUCC